AUGAGCAACAGUUCGGCCCGCGCUCUGCCUCCGGGAGGGAGCCCCUGGCCCCCGGCAGCGGCGCCUCGGCCGCCGCUGCUCCAGCUACGGCCGCUGCCCCCCGGCGCCCCGGCCGCGGGCAGCUUCUCCCUCUUCCCCCCGUGGCCGAGGCGCCUGGGCCGGCGCUGGCCCGCCUCGCCGCUCGGCAUGAAGGUGUUCCGCAGGAAGGCGCUGGUCCUGUGCGCGGGCUACGCGCUGCUGCUCCUGCUGACCAUGCUCAACCUCCUGGACUAUAAGUGGCACAAGGAGCCGCCGCAGCAGUGCCGCGGGGAGCCCCCGGGGGCCGCGCAGCCCCCCGCCCGGCAGCCCGGCUCGCUGGCGCGCCCCGAUCUCCGCUCCCUGUACCGCGCGCCCGCAGCCGCGCCCGCCCCGGGUAGUGCGGGGCCCGGCCCGGGGGGCGGCGGCAACAGCAGCGGCCCGGGCGCCAGCUCGGGCCCUGGCGUGGGCGCCCGCAAGCGCCAGCUGGUCUACGUGUUCACCACGUGGCGCUCGGGCUCGUCCUUCUUCGGAGAGCUCUUUAAUCAGAACCCCGAGGUGUUCUUCCUCUACGAGCCCGUGUGGCACGUGUGGCAGAAGCUGUACCCCGGCGACGCGGUGUCCCUGCAGGGCGCGGCGCGGGACAUGCUGAGCGCCCUCUACCGCUGCGACCUCUCCGUCUUCCAGCUGUACAGCCCCGCGGGCAGCGGGGGGCGCAACCUUACGACGCUGGGCAUCUUCGGGGCCGCCACCAACAAGGUGGUCUGCUCGUCGCCCCUGUGCCCUGCCUACCGCAAGGAGGUGGUGGGGCUGGUGGACGACCGCGUGUGCAAGAAGUGCCCGCCCCAGCGCCUGGCGCGCUUCGAGGAGGAGUGCCGCAAGUACCGCACCCUUGUCAUUAAGGGGGUGCGGGUCUUCGACGUGGCCGUGCUGGCCCCUCUGCUGCGGGACCCGGCCCUGGAUCUCAAGGUCAUCCACCUGGUGCGGGAUCCCCGAGCCGUGGCCAGCUCCCGCAUCCGCUCCCGCCAUGGACUCAUUCGGGAGAGCUUGCAGGUGGUUCGCAGCCGGGACCCGCGGGCGCACCGCAUGCCCUUCCUCGAGGCAGCGGGACACAAGCUGGGCGGGAAGAAGGAGGGGCUGGGCAGCGGCCCAGCUGACUACCACGCCCUGGGGGCCAUGGAAGUCAUCUGCAACAGCAUGGCCAAGACCCUGCAGACGGCUCUGCAGCCCCCCGACUGGCUGCGGGGCCACUACUUGGCGGUGCGCUAUGAGGACCUCGUGGGGGACCCGAUCAAGACGCUGCGGAGAGUGUACGAUUUCGUGGGGCUCCUGGUGAGCCCGGAGAUGGAGCAGUUUGCCUUGAACAUGACCAGCGGCUCGGGGUCCUCCUCCAAGCCCUUCGUGGUGUCCGCGCGCAAUGCCACCCAGGCGGCCAACGCCUGGAGGGCUGCCCUCACCUUCCAGCAGAUCAAGCAGGUGGAGGAGUUCUGUUACCAGCCCAUGGCGGUGCUGGGCUACGAGAGGGUCAACAGCCCCGAGGAGGUGAAAGACCUCAGCAAGACUCUGCUCCGGAAACCCCGGCUCUAAGACAGGGUAUAGAAGGAGAGACAGGACCGGGCUUCUCUCCUACCCGGAGACCCGCCCCCCAUAGGACCUCCUGAGAACAUGGUGGGCACGGGUCGAUCAUGGUGCGUAGUCCAAAGGACAGCCUAAAACCCCAAUCGGGAAGACUAAGUAUUCUCUCUAUAUUAUAUAAUAUAAAUAAUUACACUCACACUUGCUAUAAAUGUUUUGAGUCAUGGGGUUUCAAGGAACAGCUACAACGGGUGCAUCCCAGAAGAGGCAAGACUUGAGAGAGUUGGCAAGUUUCCCUCCCCUCCCUUCUCUUCCUUCCUUCCAUGCCAUCCCAUCCCCCCUCACCUCCUUCCGUUCGGAAGUGGGAUGUUGUUUAAGUUUUCUGCAACCAAAUUCUUGUUUACAAACUUUCUGUGGUGUCUGUGGUCAUGUAAAUGAACAGCUUGGAUUUUGGAGAGGGAGUGGGGUGGGGUUAGGAUUAGGGAGGUCAAGGAGAGUCAGGAGCCCAGGGGAAAGGCAGAAAUCACGGAUUCAUAAAUCUAAAGUGGACUUUUGUGGAAAAAGCAGAGGUUACAUGUGAUUAUUAAUAAAGAAAAUAAUAAAUGAUA